AUGCCCGCCGAUGCCAAACCAUGCCGCUCCGUCUGCGGCACCUUAUGGCCCUUGCAGACUGGCACGCCAUCGUCGGCGAUUCUCUACGGGACCACAGGAGAGCACGAUCUGACAGUUGCUUCCACACCUAACUCCUUCGCAGUCAUCGCCGUCUCAGACGGGUGCUCUUCUGUCACCGGAGAAGCACCUCAACGGGUGGUCCGUUACAAAUUAAACGGUGACCGUCACCUUCGAACUCAGAGCUCUUGCUGCAGCGCCGAAAUACGAUAUUAG